AUGGACUGGUUCCGCCUCCCGCGCCUUGGCCGUGAUACGAUCUGGAUAUACUCAUCAGCCGUAAUUGUUUCAUUAGCAGGGCUUAUCAAGAUUCGUCAGGGCGUAGUAGACUACGCUUAUACGGAUACCUACUGCUAUCAAUCUAUGCGCACAAAUUCAGUUGUAGAGCCGUUUGCGAAUUGCUUCUCAGUGUCGCCUACUGGGAAGUUUUCUAAGGUCUUCAAGGCCGGAGCUGGUACAGAGCUUGCUCAGAAUGCAAGUUCGGGCUUUGCUAUGCCGGGACUAUGGGAUGGACAUGGACAUCUUCUACAGUAUGGUGAGUUCUUGAACUCGGUAGAUCUUUUCGGAUCUACUUCUAUGGAUGAUGUUCGGUCUCGUAUACGGAAAUAUCUUGGCCAAAUCCCCGAGGCUGGGUCGAAGGAGGAGUGGCUAAGAGGCGUUGGAUGGGAUCAGAUGGCUCUUGGGCAGAUGCCGACUGCUAGUGAUUUAGCGGCGGAUAAAGACCUAAAGGACUUAUACAUCAUGCUAGAUAGAGUAGAUGUACAUUGUAUCUGGGUUUCUCAGGCAGUGCUGGACUUACUCCCAGAGUCUAUCCCUGAUGUUCCUGGCGGAGAGAUCAUUAGAGAUCCUGGAAUGGGCGUGUUCUGUGAUAAUGCGAUGGAUAUGGUCAUGGCAUUAUGGCCGAAGCCAGACAAUAAAAAGAAGCAGCAAUUCGUAAAGAGUGCUAUGGGAAAAUUAAACGAAGUAGGACUUGUGGGUAUACAUGAUGCUGGUGUCACGCCUGGCAAUCUAAACCUCUUCAAAGACCUAGCAGCUGGUUCCGACUGGACGGUACGAGUAUACGCCAUGAUAGAGUGUUACGAACGGAAUACGUUCUGUCCAAACGAAGUGGAACGAUACACAAGUCCAGAUGGCUUUUUAAGUAUACAGAGCGUUAAGCUUUUCGCUGAUGGCGCUCUGGGAAGCUGGGGAAGUGCUCUAAUCGACCCCUAUACCGAUCGUCCAGACACGUCAGGCUCUCUACUUGUUAAUGCUUCGGAAUUGGUAUACGACACGAUCGCAUGGGCCAAUGAAGGUUUUCAAGUCAACAUACAUGCAAUUGGCGACCUGGCAAACCGAUAUGCAAUUGACGCCAUGGUUGCCGCCCUCAGACUGCUAUGUCCCAACGAGCCUCUCUCGCGCUGCCAAUCCUACCAUCGCUUCCGCAUCGAGCAUUCUCAAAUCAUCCACCCGGACGACCAGACUCGAAUACACGCAAUCGGAAUUAUCCCGUCUAUCCAACCCACUCACGCCACAAGCGAUAUGGCAUAUGCGGAGAAGAGACUGGGCAAGGAACGCACCGUGAAGGAGGCAUAUAGGAUGCGCUCGCUCCUAGACGCCAAACCUGUGUUAGGAAGUGACUUUCCCGUCGAACCACCAAACCCGUUCCAAGGCAUAUACGCGGCCGUCACGAGACGAAGUCCGCAUACCGGUAGAGGUAAGGAUAAUUCGCCUGAAGGGUGGUACACGGAGGAGGCCCUCGAUUUGGACCAGGCAGUCUGGGGCUUCACCGAGGGCCCCGCGUACGGCGGGUUUACGAAGGGCAAGACCGGAGUUAUCAAACCGGGAGCCUACGCGGAUUGGAUCGUUCUGGACACGCCACUCGAGAACCUUUAUAUAGAAGAUCUGCGCGAGCUGACGACCUCACCGCCUCGCUCUUGGUGGUGGUGGUGGGAAAUCGGUGCAGCACUUCUCAGCAUUAUCAGUAUUUCUGCAAUUAUUGGGAUAGUCAUUUCAAUCAAUGACACCCCUCUUGAAUCAUGGCAGUUUGCCAUUUCUCCAAAUUCCCUUAUCUCAAUUUUGACAACUAUCGGGAGAAGCGCAAUGAUGAUACCAAUAGCAGCUUGCCUCAGCCAGCUUAAAUGGCACCACUUUCGUACACAGCCUCGGAGAUUAAGCAGUCUUCAAAUAUUCGACGACGCGAGUCGGGGCCCAUGGGGUUCGGUUCUUUUUAUUUUCAAGGUUCGAACACGAGUUCUAGUGGGAUUAUUCUUCGCACUUAUCACUAUACUUGCACUUGGUUUUGAACCUAGCGCCCAGCAGAUCUUAGAAUUCCGCCCUAAACGUAUUAUGAUAUUAGAACAAGUGCCUAUUCUAGGAAAAGCCGAUAGAUACUAUUCUAAAGGAUUUAACAGUCCGCAAUUCGAAGUUGCCGGGAGUAGCCCUAGUCAUCAUGCAUUAUCAUUAGAAUCUUCUCUGCUCAACGGAGCGGCUGGUACACUUUGGCAACCUAGGUUUUCUUGUCCUGAAAACGCAACUGAUUGCGAAUGGGACAAUUUUACUAGCCUUGGGUUAUGCGGAGAAUUCCGGAACAUAACGGACGAGAAGGUUCAUAGCUGCACAUGCCUCACAUGCAAACAAGGGCGAGUACCCUGGGGUAUCGGUCUAUCUCUCGGGUGUUAUUACGGCUUUAAAUAUCAGAUAGAUGACAAUCCGCAGCGGGGAGUACCGAUGUUUUAUUCACUCACCGUAGGAGCCCAGGGACCACACGCAGAGAACCCGACAACGGCUUCCACGAUUUUCCGUGCUGUAAAAAGUACGGAGAAUCUAGGAUUGGUCGUUGCAAAAGUAAUGGGGGGGCAGGUCCAUGUUGACGAGGGGGAAACUGCCAACGUUACGGAUAUAACAAAUACGGAGGACCUAGAAAGUCUUCCUAAACUGCCUAUGGUAGAACUAUACACCAUUAAGUGGUCUUGGUGUGCUAAGACAUUCCUAAACGUCACUGCUAGUCCUGCCGGGAUAAGACCUGGGACCAUUGAGUCGGCAAAUCUUAAACAAGGACUCCUGCCGAGCGAAGGUUGGGAGGUAUUAACCGAGUCUGCAACAGGAUCACAAUUCCACGUCACCACCACCACAGACUCAAGCCUUAUGUCUUAUUUAUACGACCUUUUCAACACUACAGUGUACGACCGUAUACAUCGAGAAUCCCUAUCUGACGCGGAGAAGAAAUUUGACAUUGGUUCUCUUCUGUAUGGGACAGACCUAAGGAAUCUUACCGGUAACAUUGCGGAAGUCCUUACAAAUCAGAUUCGGAGUAAUGACCCCGGAGACAACGCAAAUGCCACGGUAAUUGACGGGCGAGCUUGGACGGACAAAACAUAUAUACGUGCCCGCUGGCAAUGGAUUAUCCUUCCCUUAUCCGAAACUAUACUGACUGGGGUUCUUCUCGUGGUUUCAAUCCGUAUAACGAAGGGUCAAGGCCUCUGGAAGAGCUCUACCGCUGCACUUUUGUUGCAUAAGCUCGGCGGCUGGACAGAAGAGGAGUUGAAUUUAACAUGGGAACAGACGUCUGAACAGUUGGAUGCUAAGACGGAGAGGAUGCUAGCUACACUGAAGAGGGAUGAAAAUGGUGUACACGGAUUCUAUAAGGCACCUUAG